GAAACCCGCACGAGCCGGAACGCGGCGCGCAAAUCGCGAGCAGCACGUGCGGGUCCUCGGCGCCUCGCCGCAGGGUGCGGGUGCCCGCAGAGCCGCGAACCAACGAGCGAGCGCCGGAGGAGGGAGGGUGGGCGCGCGGAGGCCAGGAGGCGGACACCUCGGGGAAGCAGGGGCCACGCGGCGGUGCGGGCAGCGGGACUGCAGUGCCGCCUCUCCCGAGACAGCCCACACGCUCACACGGCCGCGCGCACUCACGUGCACACCGUGGGCAGCGAGAACUCGAGCGAGAGCCCUUGAGCGCUGGACGCGUUUUAGCGAUGGCUUCUGCCCUCAACAGCAAAAUUCACGCGCCCGGGACUUGCUCGGGCUCCAAAGCUGAUGCCCGCGGUGGCGCGGGCUGGAGAAUGGACUGCGAUCCUGAGAUGCACGUGAAAAUGUGCAAGAAGAUCGCUCAGCUCACCAAGGUGAUUUAUACCCUGAACACUCGCCAGGAUGAGGCCGAGGCCAGCAUGGAGGCACUGCGGGAAGCCCACCAGGAGGAGCUCCAGAAUGCAGUGGCAGAGACCAAGGCCAGGCUCCUGCAGGAACAGGGCCGCGCAAAUGAGGAGGCCCUGCUCCAGCGCAUUCAGACCCUGGAGAGCGCCCUGGAGCUGCAGAAGAGGCUGACGCAGGAGGCGCUGGCCCAGUCGGCCACAUGCAGGCUGGAGACCAAGGAGAGGGAGCUGAGGGUGGAGGCAGAGCACGCCGAGAGGGUCCUCACCCUCUCCAAGGAGAUGCUGGAGCUCAAGGCUGACUAUGAGAAGAGGCUCCGGCACCUGACGAGCCACGAGGUGCCCCAGUGGGGCCGGCUUUCCCAGGACAGCCCUGACCCAAAGGCAGAGCCGGGCCACGGCCCCGAGAUGCGGGAGGUCCUGCAGGAGGUGGAGAGGCUGCGAGUGGAGAACCAGCAGCUGAGCAAGGACUAUGCCCAGAAGGCCGAGGAGCUGCAGGCCACUUACGAGCGGGAAAAUGAGGCCAUCCGGCAGGCCAUGCAGCAGUCAGUGAGUGAGGCUCUGUGGCAGUGGCAGGAGAAGGAGACCGACCUCCGCAAGAACUUCCAGGUCCAGGAGUCCGCCCUGCAAGCCCAGGUCAGGAAGCUGGAGGGGGACCUGGAGCACAGAGGCCGCAAGAUAAGUGACCUGAAGAAGUAUGCUCAGAAGCUGAAGGAAAGGAUUCAGGACCUGGACGUACAGCUCAAGGAGGCUCGACAGGAGAAUUUGGAGUUGAAAAGCACUGCGAAAAAACUUGGGGAGAAGCUGGCUGUUGCCAAAGAUAGACUGAUGCUGCAGGAGUGUCAUGUGACGCAGAAAACCGAUGACUUGAAGACGGAGCUGGUUUCAGAGAAUGAAGUCCUAGGGAAAGCGAAUGAUUUGGAAGCUCGCAGUCCGCAUCCUCAGCAGGACCAGAACUUUCCCAAGGAGUGUCCAUGCACAAAAGGAGGCACAGAUACACAGACCAAGAAAGAGGCAAGUAUUGAGAUGGAAUACAUGAAGCAACAGUAUGAAGAAGACCUUCGCAGAAUCAAAAAUCAGACGGAGGAGGAGAAAAACCACCUCAAAGACCAGCUCGUGAAGAGGCUGGAAGACUUGGUAAAGAGGCACACGGUGGAGGUCAGAUCAGUUCGCUCGUCGGUGGAGGCCGAAAGGAAGAAGCUGCAGAAGGAAGUGGAAGCACAGCUGGAGGAAAUGAAGAAGAGAUCAGAGAAUGAAAUAAAGCAGCUGGAAGAAGAGAAAGCAGCCCUAAAUGUGAAGCUCCAGAAUUCUCUGCUCGAGGUUUUAAGGCUGGAAGAAUUUAUCCAACAGAAUAAGGUACAUGCCCGAGGAGGCAAGGAAAGGCCCCAGGAAUUGGACUGCCAGCACUGCAGCAUUUUAGAGACCCAGGAUCCAUGCUUGAAGCUGAGUGAACCUUCUGAGACCCUGCCCAGAGGAGAAGAGUAUCAAGAUAAGUUAGCAGCUGAAGAAGGAACCAGCAGUGACGAAGAAGAAAGGAUCGAAGUGCCGCUCAAGGAAGGAGAUGACCUGCAACCUCCCCUGGGCUCUUUGCUGAAGGAGAAGGCACCCAAAAUCCGACGUCUGCAGGAGGAGUGGCAGAGCCAGAAGGCCAGAUUGCAAGCCCAGGUCUCACAGAUGCAGCAGGCUCUGGAGCAGUGCGCCAGCAACUACAGGGAGGACCUGCAGGAGCUCAGGCAGCUCUCUGACCACGAGAGGGAGAAGCUGCAGCGCGAGCUCCGGGAGACCGUUCAGCAGAACCAGGCUGUGCAAGCGCAACUUGAGGCUUCCCACCAGCGGGCCCUACGCAUGCUUGAGAAGGCCAAAAAUCAAGAACUCAAGGCCACAGAGGAGCGACUGAAAAGGGAAUCCAGCCACAGCCUCCAAAUCCAGCACCAGGCACACCGGUUGGAGCUCCAGGCCCUGGAGGAAAAGGCCCGGCAGGAGCUCCAGGGGGAGCUGGAGAGGAUGCAGGCUCAGCAGGCCCUGCUACUAGAGUCCCUCCGGCAGGAGCUGUCAGAGCAGCGGGCGGCCUGCUCGGAGCACCAGAAGGACUUGGAGGUGCUGCAGGCCGAGCUGAGGGCCCUGAGCAGCUCAGGCAGGCAGCAGGCCAUCGUCCAGUGUCCAGGGGACAGCAAGGACCACACUGUCACUGCAGAGGAGCGGGGCGACCCGGGCCAGGCGGGCUCCCCGAAGGGCUCCGCUGAGCAGGGCCCGAGCGAGGGAGGCGGCCUCCGGGCGGAGAACUCGCAGCUCAAGGACACAGUGCGGCGGCUGCGGGCCGAGGUGGAGCAGCACCAGCAGGAGGCGCUGCGGCUCCGCGACCAGCGCAGGCUGCUGGAGGAGGACCAACAAGCCCAGCGGGCCCGGGAGGUGGAGCUGCUACGCCAGGAGCACCGGAAGGAGACGCAGGCCAUGGCGGCAGAUUUCAGCAGCGCUCAAGCCCGUCUCCAGGCCCGGCUGGCUGCCCUGGAAACCGAACUGAAAGACGGCGGAGAGAAGCCGGCGAAGGGCGCGUCCCGGCCGGAGGAUGUCCAGCUCAUAGCGCGUCUGCAGAGCCGCCUGCAGGAGCGGGAGGAGAUCAUCAAGCGGCUCACGGAGGAGAGAAGAUUUCACUAUGCAGCGUUCCCCAGCGCAAUGUCCCAUCGGAAUCGGUCCUUCUCUUUCCAUCCUCACCAGGGGUAUUUGACCCCCUCCAUGAAGAAAAAGAAGAUGGAGGAAGUGCCCAGCCGAGUGGUCAGCGUGCCAAACCUCGCCUCCUACGCGAAGAACUUUCUGAGUGGAGAUCUGAGCUCCAGGAUCAACGCGCCUCCAAUAACAAAGUCACCCAGCAUGGACCCAAGCCCCAGCAGUGGCCGGCCUUACAAACCCACCCAGUCUCCGGAUGUGAAAACUGCCACAAGGACACAAGAUGGUGAAACAGCCCAGCCCAAAGAAGUCCAGCAGAAACAGGGCUCUGCCCACCAGGAAUGGUUCACCAAGUAUUUUUCCUUCUAACCUGAGCCUUGGGAUCCAUCACAAAGAGGACAUUUGAAAAAUGUUGCUUUUAGAACAUUUGAGGGAAUGAACUAAAAAACCAGCCAACCAAAUAACUUGCUUAUACUAUGAUUUAUAUAUGACAGCCAAAACGAAUUUUGGCAUUAACAUUUCAUAGUUUCAUUGUGACACCAGUUCAUUAAAAAAAUUGACAUUAAGAUAAAACCAACCAGUGUUAUCAAAAAGCCCCCAUAGGAAAAUGUAAUUAAUGUUACCGAUGCCCUCCACAUUGUAUUCCCAGUGUCCAUGAGAUUGCACUCCACUUUGUGGAGUAUCAGACUUUGUGAUUUCCAUGGUCUACUUGAAAAGUGGUUUCAUUUUUCCUUAGGAUGCUAGUCAUUUCCACUUGAAAAGUGUUUCUGUGUAAAUGAUGUAAUUCCAAAAUGCACAUCUAACCUCAAUAAGAAGAGGCAUAAAACAAAGUUCAAAGUAACCAGGAAAGCCAAGUGAAAAAACAAAACUAGGAAUGGCCUGUGGCAGACCUUGGCAUACUCAGAUAGAAUACUUUGACUUCCUAGGUCAGGACAUGAAGUAGACUACAGAGGGGAUGACACCUACCUCAAAAGGGGCUUUGCAAGGAUUAAGCAAAAUAUUACGGGUAAGGCUAUCAAGCAUGAAUUGGAAUUAAGCACUGCCAGGAUUUUCCUGUGAGGAACCGAGCCUCGCCCCAUCGUACAUCUCAGUUUCAAUGACUAUAGUGUCAACGUGGUCAUUUGUGAAGCCUUCCAGAGUAUCUAGUCCUUGAAGUCAAAGAUCUAUGGAACCCAUAGUCUUUGGGUUUGGGCCCUUUGCCAAGUGAUGUGUUGCUUCCCCAUUGCAUGGAUGCUCAGUAGAUUCAGCAGAACUGGGAAUGGCCAUUCACAGUGCUGACCUCACUGUCGGUCCACACGGAAUUGUCUGACCCUCAGAUGGAGCAGUGCGAUUUGACAAGACUCAAUACAACUUUUAGUGGGCAAACUAUGUUCUCAAUCCUUUGGUGCUGGCCCAGCAGGUGGCCCGUAAACAGUUGUUUAUUCUAUGCACUGUCAAAUCUUUGCUCUUUGAAUAAAACUUUAAACAACUGAGCAAUAAACAUGUUUGUGACUUGUAUUGUUUUUGCAAAGAAAGGUGAAAUUAGAUGAAGACAGAGCUUGGAAAUAGGAAGUUCGCAUUAACCUCAAUCAGAUCAUCUUCAGAUAAAAAGUAGCUGCUUACAUACUUAUGUCAUUUUGAGAGAAAUGCAAUUACAACUCAAACUUACAAUUUAAAGGUAAAUUUACUAUCUAAUCAAAACACAUGGCCCCACUAGGAUAAUUUUUAAAAUGCAAAUACUCGUUAUAGGCCAUAUUGGUUUUCAGUGUCAAAUAUUUUUUAGUUAUCUUUUGCUUCCUGCCUAGGGUGAGCACUGUAGGAUUAUGUUUGUAUUUUGUUUUGAAGACUACAUACAGGUAGUUCUACCUCUGUUUGUUGAAAUGUUUUCCCACCACUGUGCAACUCAACCUUCCUCCUGCUGUGGGGACUGACUUUUAUCAGUUGAGACCCUGUAUGUGCUUUGACUCCUUUCUUGUUGCAGCUAAGUGAAAGAUCUUUUUAAAUUUCUGGAUUCUCCCCAAAUAAUUCUAUCUUUGUGGACUAAAUCUUUGCAUGCUUCUAUCAUUUUUCUUUAGGACCUGUUCCUUGAGUAUUGAAGCCAAGCAUCAAAUGAUCCACGCUUAAGCUUUUCCUUUGAUAUUACCAGUUUACCAUCCAAAAAGUGUCCAGCAAUUUACACCUUUACAAAUUACACCUUUACCAGCAGUGAGUGAAAUUCUCUUUGUACCCUAGAUAAUAUUGACAAAGAAACUCAAUUUGAUAGUAAAACAUUCUUCUUGUUCUCAUUUGCAUAAUCUAUUCCAUCAAUCUCUCAAAAGCAGAGUGGUCUAGAGAUGAUGGUAGUGGCUUGGAGAAAACAAUAGAGAUGAAGAGAGAUGAACUUAUUCAGGAUUGAGUUAGGAGAGAGAAAUAACAGGAUCUGACGAUAAAUCUCUUUAGGCUAUAUUACGACAGAGGAAGGAAGAGUUAACACAUCCCUGGAGCAAAACUGGAAAGGAAUAUUGCUGCAAAUUGUUUCAUAGCUGGGGUAGAAAAGAACGCAUUCACCAAACCGAUGGCUUUAUACGGUGUACCUGAGCCCUUAUUAACUGCUCUAGCGUUGAUGCAACCUCCAACACAGCAACUGUGAUUGCUCUACACUCAUUCUCCAGGCUCCAUCUGGGUUCUGCAAGGGCAAGGCUGGCAUUUUAAAUGGGCUAUGAGAGGGACCAACUUCCCUGCAUCCUUUGGAUUUCUAAGGGUAGCACUAAUCUCCACUAUCACCCCCAGGAUGCAGUAUUAUCUUUGAUCUGCUACCUCCUACUAGCUCCUCAGGGUCUGCUCUCCCCGUGCAGGAGACAACCAAAGACGCCCCAGGCACUCCCAGCAGCCUUCGACUUUUUCAGCACUGAUAGUUUGUCAUUAUCCCUCCAUGGGGAGUCAAAACAGUGUAGUGAUAACCAGCCAACUCUACUGUUCUUGUAAAAAUAUUCCCCUUCCCUUCCAAAUGUUUGAAUCCUUGCACCGACAACGUUCCCUUCCACUAGCACACUUUCCCGGGGCACCACUGGUGGAAUCCUCAGGAACUGGCCACUUGCUUGUGCUGCUGACUGUCUGUACCUCACAUCCCACCCAGGAUGGGUCCUCCUUGCCAACUGGAUGGUGAGCCCACCCAGUCCCCAAACCCCAUCCUGCCUUCUCUCUCAGACUGUGUAACAGCCAAGCCAGGCGGGUCCCCCAGGAGGUACACCCCAAGACACAAAUAGACGUGCAAGAAAUUUAUUGAGAAUGUCAAUGCCCUUCAGCCAAAGAUCACCAGAAACAGACUGACCUGUAGUUGAACAAGGUGGGCUUACCACUUGCUGCAGUGAGCGAGAAUGCUCCACAUGGAGAAUGGGGGGGCUUCUCAGAAACAUGGUGUUAGAACUUAUUUUAGGGUAUUUGGGUGUUGGUUUGGUGAUUUCUAGGAUUGUCUAAAGAAGCAGAGAUUCACUCUAGAUUGGAUGCUGUCAAAAAGUGGGGGCAAUUCUAAGCCUGGAGGGAGUCUCAAUAAAUCUUACCUAUAGCAGGGGCAGACUAGAGUGAGGAUAAAGCUGUAAAUGGUAAAAAAAAAAAAAAAAAAAAAAAGUAGCGGUCACUCAUUUUAGCCAGAAGGAUUUUUGGUAUUUUGUGGGUGGCACAGUGACUUUUUUUCUGUGCUUAGACAAAAUUAUGAAGUGAUUCUUCUUACUGCCAUGGUCUCAGAGUAACUUUGCCUGAGGUUGGGAUUCUGAGACUGUUUAUAUGCAACAGAAGAAUAAUGUGGCUAGCAGUGCCAGGUCAGCAUCCGAUGUCAGGGCCAGGGUUUUCCCUCUUCUCCAGGGAAACACUUGUGUAAGAUCAAGGGGAGAGGAAGCAGAGAGAGGAAGAGCCUUGAGACUGUGAUGCAGGGCUGAUACCUGUGAAAGGAGGGCCAUGGACGAUCUGGGCAACAGAGGCUCAGAUAGCAAGACAGCUCAGCCAAGAGCUGAGAAAGCCAAGAGCAGCUCAAGAAAGUCCCAGCCAGGCCCAUGGGAGCCCCAGAGCAAAGACUGCCCACUAGAGCCGGGCAGAAAUGAUCUGGCUCCAGUACCCGCACUGUGCUUGGUUCUUUGUGGGAACACUGUUGCAGAUCCCCAAGGGCUAAAGCUUUGGCAACUGCAGCCUGGAGAUGGCUCUCUUGAAGGGAGAAGUGAGUAGCACUCCACCAUGGCCUCAGAGGCCCAGAACCAAACCCUCAGGAAUGUCAACACUUAGAGGUUCGGUAGAAAAGAAGGGAAGAUGUAUUAAAGAGAGUGAGUUCAAGUAAAGAAAGAUGGAGAAGUGUCCAUUCGAUGUGGCCACGGUGAAGUGGCUGGCUGCUAACCAUCACAAGCACAGUCGUGGUGAUGUGGGAGGGACAGCCUAGAGUAGGAAAAGGAGGGGAGAGGAGAGGAGGACCUGGAGACUGCGAACGAGGGGCAGGGAAAUGGGACCGCAGCUCAAGCAGGGAGGGGAAUGCUGAAGAUGGGAGAUCAAGAACUCCUGUGAGCUGUAGGGAAUCAGUCAGUAGGUGGGCGAUGCACAGGGCAGAAACCACCCUAAGGGUUAAGUCCUAGAGACCUAGGGACCCAGAACAACUGUGGAAAGGUGGUCUUACACAGGGCAGGCACUUCAGCAGAUGGAUAGGAAGGAAAAAAGAUGCCCUGGAGAUGUGGGGGGGUUUAUCAUUUCUGGGUGGGAAGGUAAGGGAAUUCCCAGCUGAUAGCCUGUUAUUUUCUCAUUGAGGGAGACAGCAGCUAAGAGGGUGUUCCAUGAUCAUCAACCAGCAAGAUGUCACUACAGGAAAACGAUUUCUACAAACAGACAAGAUUGAAAAUUAUUUAUUUAGAGACAGAAAACUUUUGAAUUUAAUAAGUAAAUGGCAAGAAGUGGUAUAUACAUUAAUUCAAAAUAUUUUCACUAAGCACCAAAUAGAAUACUUCCCAAUCUUUUUACCAAGAACCUCUCUAUUAUUGAAAGAGUGCCUAAAACUUUAUCAGUUUAUUUCGGCUUGUAGUCAAGAAAUCUAAAGCUGCCAAUCACAGCUUCUAAUUAGCAUGAGAUGACCAGGUUAACAGCCUUGAAUUCAUAUAAUGUGAGUAAAAACAACUUUUAAGAGUAUACAUCCUGAGUGAGGGGAUUUGUUGGCCUCAGGCUGUGUACCCCUCCACACACAAAAAUGAGUAGUAAGUAUUAUGUAUAAAAGAGAAAUAAUACAUGGUCCCUGUGUAAUCAGAGGGGAAUGAUGCCUCUUCUCAUGAAGGGCACAGAGACAGAUUCAGACCACCAACCCCCGAGGGAAACAACGCAAGGUUGGUAGAGGAGACAGGAAGUCCUGUGUCCUGGGGGUGUGACAGGGAGGGCACUCGGAGGCUUCAGGGACCAGGUGGCGUCCAGGCCAGACAGGACCGUGAGCGGAUGUCACUGCAUGUGGGAAGGGGCUUUCAAGGCCGGAGAAAACAAAAUGACUCAGGACACUGAGUCACAGAAGCACUGCGUGUUCAGAAGACAGUGGAGCACUUGUUUUGGGUAAAGAGAUGUAAUCUAUUAAGAGCCUGUAAACAGCAGAGAAAGGAAAACCUCAUCCAAGGAGAGCCAGACACAAUACCCAUCUGUAUUUCUCCACAGCCAGUGAACAGAGAAUCUGAGGGGCUGCAUGACCAACAAGCGGGUAAAAUGUCUUCCCAGACACGGAGGCUCCACGUGCUCUUUGUGAAGAGUGGUUGCCGAGGUCCAUCCUGUGGCGCACCCUGCACCCAGCCCCCUGGAAUCAAUACCAUCCACUAGCAAGAACCUGGAAAGUUCCGCUCCAAAAAAGCAAAACAAAAACGACACAAGCAAACAACACUCAAAACAAAAAGACACAACCACAGCUAGCUUUAACCCUCACCCUUCACCUCUGCCCCAAGCCAUGCGACUGAGAACAGGGUGUGCCCGGUGACCUACGCUGAUGCACCACUGCAGAACCUCACAGAAUUCAGCACCUCACGGCUCCCACCACAUGCCCCACCCCAAAAGGAAACAAACACCACACAAAAUAUAAACUGACUCCAAAGAAAGCAGCAACUAAAGGACCCUACUGUAAUAUGGCUACACUAACCCAGGGUAUUACAAUCCUCUCCGGCCUACUCACAAAAUCUCCUUCUGAGAGCCCUGGAAGCAUUUCACACACGUUGCAUUAGACUCCUCUUCUUGAGGUAGUUUAAAGGUUGAAACUGCAAAUUUAUGGAUUUCCCUACACUACCACUGAGGGGUAACUAUCCUAAAAGGCCUACAACCAAAAUCCUCAUCCUCUGAUCCUCAGAACAGAUCAUACAAACUGUUUUUCCCUCAAACCAUACAAACUAAUCUAAUACUGCAAACACAGAGAUUAAAAGUCAUACAAAAAUAAAAACAAGCAAAGAAAAGAAACAAAAAAGAA